UAAAGCAGUAGGAAAUUUUUAUUCGUAGUGAAAAGAUGCGGCGCGAGAAGUGAUUAAAACAUCAAAAUACAUAUUGUUUCGCUUUUAUCAUCUGUUUUAAGUAAUGUACCUGUUGUGAAAUAUGAAGUCCUGUGUAACACUUUAAAUCAGUCUUAUUGGUACAAAAUUUCCUGCUGUUGUACAUAUAACGGUGGAAGUAAAACUUCCUUUUUAAAUAUGGCUUCCAACAAUUCAUACAGUUCGUCAGGCAAGAACAGAAAGAAGCAUGAAAUGUCUAGUCAAUCCCGUGUGACAAGCUUUUUCAAACCAAGCCCUGAAACUAGUGUUUCAAGAAAAAAUGAAGAAAGAGAAUUCGAGUGAUCACACUAUAAAGUUCCCAGCAGUUGGUGUAAAGAAGAGAUUUCAAGAAUCAUCUAUUAGAAGUGUCUCACAUACUCUGCCAGUCUCACCUAUUAAAAAAGGUUGUGAAGUACUAACAAGUGAUUCUGUUUCAAUUGGAAAUAUAAGAAAACAAGUUGUCCAAGAUAUACCCUCCAAAAAAAGAUCACCAGUGCACAGGCACGAAGUGGUAGCAAUUGAUAUGGAUUCCUCUGAUGGCACUUCAAAUUUGGAUAUAGAUGUGUUUCCUUCACCCCAAAAGAAAAAGAGAAUUGCAAGAGUUGUUAAGAAGCCCCUAGAAAGUCAAAUAAGUACUACUCCAAGAACUUCAAAAGUGUUUGAUCUUUCACAGAAAAAAGGUGGCCUUGCUAUGCGCUCGCCAAAUAAAUCAUUUAUCCGAGAUAACGUCCCCACACGUAUGGCAUUGGAAGAAAAGAAAAAUUUGAACCGAGAAAAACGUUCUAUGGCUCCUGACAUCGAAAUUGACGCCAUUACCUGUUCCCCCGUCCACAAAUUAAAACGCACUCAUUCUGUAAGUAGCUCCCAAGAAGAUUCCAUUAAAGACAAUGAGGGUCAGCCCAGGAUAAAACGCUGUACCGUAGUCCUUGAAAAUUUUGAAACUAACGCUCAUAGUCGAAAGCAGGCAAAGGAUGAAAACAAAUCAAGAAGGAAAGAGGUUGUUGCAGAAAAAUUGGAUUUCGCGGGGAAAAUCGACGCUAUAAAAAUGUCGAAAACAGUCACAGUUCGAAACCCUGCGGAAACCUCGACCAAGACGGAUGGCGCAUCGUCGCGGCUAUCUGAUAAAAAACAACCUGUUCCUCCUGAUUUUGUCAAAAAUUUAAAUAACGUUUCAAAGGUGAAACCAGUUGAAUUAUGCGACCAAUCAACAAUUUUGAUUACUCAAAAGAAGCCGAGACAAGAAGAAUCAAUUAUCACUUCAGUUGAUGUUGACAAAAUGCCCCUUGACACAAUAUCCUCGACCCAUGCAAACUCUCAAGUAACACAAAAAGAAGGAUCCGAAAUUGUACAGAGAGUUUCCCAACGUCGCAUUUUGCGUCGCAGCACACUCCAUUCAGCUGAGAAAGAUGGGCUGUCAAUUACGUCGAAAAUUACAGUGGGACUCGAAGAAAUCAACGCGGGGGCCGUUGUUGCUUUCAAACAAACCUAUCAAGAUAUUGAAACCCUGCUGGAUCUCAAGUUAGGAGUUAUAAUCUGUCCAGAUUUCAAGAAGGCUUUGCAGACCCCAAAACGAAUUCUUCCUAACAGCUUCCAUGUUAACUUCAAUUUCUUUAUGAAACGUAAACCUGUAGAACACAUUGAAGCGCUGCGUUCACAGCACAUUGAUUGCAAUCGGUAUCCCCACGCCAUUGAUUUGCACACAGUAAUUUACGGAAUUUUAAUGGAAGCAAAGGAGCAUGUUGUGUUGCAUCGCGCACAGGAACUGAUUUAUACGACUUUAGGCUUACAUCCAUCGGGUGAUGCUGCAAUGAGAAAAUAUUAUUGGUCCAUCUUAUCCCGUCAUUUCGACGAUGUGGAUCCCUGCAGUCGUUGGGAAAAUCUUCGAAGCCUUUUGGAAGAAGUGUUGAAUGCUGACGGUGAGGAGGCUGCGAGGAUGUACGUUGAUCCCUACAGAUCACCUUCAAAGCUUGAAUGUAACAGAGCUGCGCUAGGCGUUAUCAUUCACGUCUUGAGCGAAGAUUUGCGUUGCUGGAUCAGUUUAGUCACUCAGCCGUCAGCUCAGUUGCGAGACCGAAAUGCAUUGCCGCUGGUAGCCCGUCUUCUUUGGCCACAAACCACGAUUCCUCACGUCAAUAUGACUUGUCGGGAAUUGAUUCGCUAUCACCUAGACGCUCUGAAAUCUUCCAAUCCUUUAAAUGUGUCGUACACCGGACGGCUUGUAAAGAUGAUGGCUGUAGUGACCCAGCUGAGUGAUCUCCAUCUGCCUUUGAAAAUUCGUAAACCCAGAUGCCAUAUGAUGAAUUUGGCAAGGGAAAUCGUGCUUCACUCGGACAAUGGGAUCGACAACAGCUCGUGCUCUUUUUACAGCAGUUUUGGGUCACUAGAGCUAGAGCUUCUGUUACCUCUCACUAUUCUCAGCAGGCUGAAGCCACAAAUAUGCAUUCCGGAAGGAGAACAUCUUAAUUUAACUUGGAUGUUGAACUCCUUUCUUGAGAUUCAUAACCAGCAAAGUCGUGAAGAUGUGGUGGCACUUUUUCGGUCCAAGCCACGAACCGAGAUCGAUGCUUUCUUGACAGCUCUUUGCACAUAUUUUAAAUUGUUUGGUUCCUUUAAAACUUGGUUUCACAUGCGUUCAAAGUACCGUAGUUCAGCUUCACGUUCCAGUCCUAUUCCUGGGCAAUCUUCCACUCAACCCCUUUCCCUUAAUAUGUAUUCGCAUUCGUUUACCCCGAGUCAUUUAAUGGAUGAUUUGCGCCAGACAAAGUAUUUACUGGAGGCUAAGAAGGAGUCAGACGAUGGCUCCUUGUACUCUCGUUUAAGUUGGCGAUAGUUUGACUUCUUCGAUGCUCUGUUUCAGCUUUUUAAAGUUCCAUUUCUUGUUCGUCCUUGUGUAUCAAACCUAUCCACCACAGGAAAACAUACGGAAAUUCUUGUUUGUUUGAAGUUCAAUUGUAUCUAACCAAGGUUUAUGAAAAUAUAUCAAGUUGCUCAAA